AUGGCUAGCUCAGCCCGGGAGCACCUGCUUUUUGUGAGAAGGCGCAACCCUCAGAUGCGCUACACGCUGAGUCCAGAGAACCUCCAGAGCCUUGCCUCCCAGGGCUCCAUGCCCGAGAACAUGAACCUGCAGCGGGCUAACAGUGACACUGACCUGGUGACUUCAGAGAGCCGCUCUAGCCUGACUGCGAGCAUGUAUGAAUAUACCCUGGGUCAAGCCCAGAAUUUGAUUAUCUUUUGGGACAUUAAAGAGGAAGUGGACCCUACAGACUGGAUUGGACUUUAUCAUAUAGAUGAGAAUUCUCCAGCCAAUUUUUGGGAUUCCAAGAACCGAGGUGUGACUGGGACACAAAAAGGCCAAAUUGUUUGGAGAAUUGAACCUGGGCCCUAUUUUAUGGAACCGGAAAUAAAAAUAUGUUUUAAAUACUACCAUGGCAUUAGUGGAGCCCUGAGAGCUACUACCCCAUGUAUUACUGUGAAAAAUCCUGCUGUGAUGAUGGGGGCAGAAGGUAUGGAAGGAGGUGCUUCAGGAAAUCAACAUUGUCGGAAAUUAGUCAGUUUUACCUUAUCAGAUCUUAGGGCAGUUGGAUUAAAGAAAGGAAUGUUCUUUAAUCCUGAUCCUUACCUUAAGAUGUCAAUUCAGCCAGGAAAGAAGAGCAGUUUUCCUACAUUUGCCCAUCAUGGGCAGGAAAGAAGGUCUACUAUCAUCAGUAACACAACUAAUCCAAUUUGGCACAGAGAGAAAUAUUCCUUUUUUGCACUUCUUACUGAUGUCUUAGAAAUUGAAAUUAAAGACAAAUUUGCCAAGAGUCGUCCUAUCAUUAAGCGUUUCCUUGGGAAACUAACCAUACCAGUCCAGAGGUUGCUGGAACGUCAAGCCAUUGGUGAUCAAAUGCUCAGCUACAACCUUGGCAGAAGGCUCCCAGCUGACCAUGUGAGUGGGUAUCUCCAAUUCAAAGUUGAGAUUACAUCUUCUAUUCAUGAAGAUGCUUCACCAGAAGCAGUUGGCACCAUCCUUGGAGUGAAUUCUGUGAAUGGAGAUCUGGGAAGUCCCUCUGAUGAUGAGGACAUGCCAGGAGGACAUCAUGACUCCCCUCCAGUUUGUUCUAAUGGUCCAAUCUCUGAGGAAAGUGCUCCAGAUGGCACUCCAAAGCAUUCCUUUAGGACUAGCUCUACUAUGGAAAUAGACCCAGAGGAUCUAACCUCUAGUUCUUCCAGGACCUCCCCUCCCAGAGGACGGCAGGAUUCUUUGAAUGAUUAUCUAGAUGCCAUUGAACACAAUGGUCAUUCCAGGCCUGGGACAUCUGCCUGUGCUGAGAGGUCCCUUGGAGCUUCUCCCAAACUAAGAAGUAGUUUCCCCACUGAUACUAGACUCAAUGCCAUGCUUCAUAUUGACUCCGAUGAAGAGGAUCAUGAGUUUCAGCAAGAUCUGGGUUAUCCUUCCUCCUUGGAAGAGGAAGGAGGAUUGGUAAUGUUUAGUAGUGCUUCAAGAACUGAUGAAGGGAACUCAGUGAUGAGUCAGGCAAAGCCAGACACCAAUCCUACUGAGGUGGAGGAAGACCCAGUGGUUGAAGCUGCUUCCUUUGAGAAUAAACCAGAGGAAGAACUUCCAGAGGUUCCUGACAGUUCCUCAGUUUCAGAUGCAGCUGCAGAAGAAGGAGAAAAUGGCCAAGAACCUCAGCCAAGUGCAGAGCAGGGCAGUGGCGAAUUGUGUGACUCUCAAGAGGGUGACCAGCUCCCCAGUGAUGUAGACCCAGGGAAUUCUGAUGCACCAGGAGAAAGCAGAAGGGCCAUCAGUGAGACUGAGUCUAUUGACCAGGGGUCUGAACCUUCCCAAGUAUCAUCUGAAACAGAGCCCAGUGACCCUGCCCGGACUGAGAGUGUCAGUGAGGCCAGCACCAGGCCUGAGGGAGAGAGUGAUGUGGAAGGGGCUGAUAGUUCCUGCAAUGAGAGUGUUACCACACAACUAUCUUCAGUGGAUACCCGGUGCUCUUCUUUGGAGAGUGCCCGGUUUCCUGAAACCCCAGCAUUUUCAUCUCAGGAAGAAGAAGAAGGAGCCUGUGCUGCAGAGCCUGGCAACAGUGGUCCUGCUUCAGAGUCACAGGAUUCUGUAUGCACCCCUGGGUCUCUGCCUGUGGUAAGGGUACCCAGUGGUCAGGAGGAAGGGCAGGGGGCAGAAAUGCCUGCCCUGCCCAAUGGAGAGGAGAUGGGGGAGAUCUGGCAGAGGAGGAAUAGUCUUCAGGCUACUGCAGAGAGCUCACAUGAAGACGACACUGGGGAUGCCCAAGAAGCUUGUGAAGGGGCCACUGCUCAGGCUGAAGGAGCUACUGGAGGUGCUCAAGCCAACGGCCACCAGCCAUUGCGAUCGCUACCUUCAGUGCGUCAGGAUGUUAGCCGAUACCAGAGGGUGGACGAGGCUCUGCCACCAAAUUGGGAGGCACGGAUCGACAGUCAUGGAAGGAUAUUCUAUGUGGAUCAUGUAAACAGAACAACAACUUGGCAGAGACCCACUGCUCCCCCCGCCCCGCAAAUACUUCAGAGAUCCAAUUCUAUACAACAAAUGGAGCAGCUAAACCGUAGGUAUCAAAGUAUCCGUAGAACAAUGACUAAUGAAAGGCCUGAAGAACACGCUAAUGCCAUUGAUGGAGCUGGAGAGGAGACAGACUUCCAUCAAUCCAACGCAGAUUUUCGACGGGAGAAUGUGCUGCCCCACUCUACCUCCAGGUCCAGGCUGACGUUACUGUUACAGUCUCCCCCUGUGAAAUUUCUCAUAAGCCCAGAGUUCUUCACAGUGCUGCAUUCUAACCCUAGUGCCUACCGCAUGUUUACAAACAACACGUGUUUGAAGCACAUGAUCACCAAAGUCCGGCGGGACACCCACCACUUUGAACGCUACCAGCAUAAUCGAGACCUGGUGGGUUUUCUCAACAUGUUUGCUAACAAACAGCUGGAGCUGCCAAGGGGCUGGGAAAUGAAACAUGAUCAUCAGGGCAAGGCUUUUUUUGUUGACCAUAAUUCUCGUACCACCACUUUCAUUGACCCUCGGCUCCCACUGCAGAGCAGCAGACCCACAAGCGCUUUGGUACAUCGGCAACAUCUGACCAGGCAGCGCAGUCACAGUGCUGGUGAGGUAGGAGAGGACUCUCGACAUUCAGGACCACCAGUUCUUCCUAGGCCAUCCAGCACAUUCAAUACUGUCAGUAGGUCACAGUACCAGGACAUGGUUCCAGUAGCCUACAAUGACAAGAUUGUUGCAUUUCUACGUCAGCCCAAUAUCUUUGAAAUUCUACAGGAGCGUCAGCCUGACCUUACCAGGAACCACUCACUCAGGGAGAAGAUUCAGUUUAUCCGGACAGAGGGGACACCUGGACUGGUACGUCUUUCCAGUGAUGCUGACCUUGUAAUGUUGCUAAGUUUAUUUGAAGAAGAGAUAAUGUCAUAUGUGCCUCCACAUGCCUUACUCCACCCCAGCUAUUGCCAGUCCCCACGCAGUUCCCCCGUGUCCUCACCUCAGAACUCUCCAGGUACCCAGCGUGCCAAUGCCCGAGCUCCUGCCCCUUACAAACGAGAUUUUGAAGCCAAACUAAGGAACUUCUACAGGAAGUUGGAAACAAAAGGAUAUGGACAAGGGCCAGGGAAGUUAAAGUUAAUCAUCAGAAGAGACCAUUUGUUGGAAGACGCUUUUAAUCAGAUUAUGGGUUAUUCCAGAAAAGACUUGCAGAGGAAUAAGCUUUAUGUCACCUUUGUUGGAGAGGAAGGGCUGGAUUACAGUGGACCUUCUAGAGAGUUUUUCUUCCUGGUAUCCAGAGAACUCUUUAAUCCAUAUUAUGGCUUAUUUGAAUAUUCAGCUAAUGAUACAUACACAGUACAAAUAAGUCCCAUGUCUGCUUUUGUAGACAAUCACCAUGAAUGGUUCAGGUUUAGUGGUCGAAUCCUUGGCCUUGCAUUGAUACACCAGUAUUUGUUAGAUGCCUUCUUCACACGACCAUUUUAUAAGGCCCUUCUCAGAAUUCUGUGUGAUUUGAGUGAUCUAGAAUACCUUGAUGAAGAGUUCCACCAGAGCCUACAGUGGAUGAAAGAUAAUGACAUCCAUGACAUCCUAGACCUCACCUUUACUGUAAAUGAAGAAGUUUUUGGACAGAUCACCGAACGAGAAUUAAAGCCAGGGGGUGCCAAUAUCCCAGUCACAGAGAAGAACAAGAAGGAAUAUAUCGAAAGAAUGGUGAAAUGGAGAAUUGAGAGGGGUGUUGUACAACAAACAGAGAGCUUAGUGCGGGGUUUCUAUGAGGUGGUGGAUGCUAGGCUGGUAUCUGUUUUUGAUGCGAGGGAACUGGAACUGGUCAUUGCUGGAACUGCUGAAAUAGACCUAAGUGACUGGAGAAACAACACAGAAUAUAGAGGAGGCUAUCACGACAAUCAUAUUGUAAUCCGGUGGUUCUGGGCUGCUGUAGAAAGAUUCAACAAUGAACAACGACUAAGGUUGUUACAGUUUGUCACAGGCACAUCCAGCAUACCCUACGAAGGCUUUGCUUCUCUGCGAGGGAGUAAUGGGCCAAGGAGAUUCUGUGUGGAGAAAUGGGGGAAAAUCACUGCCCUUCCCAGGGCUCAUACUUGUUUUAAUCGUCUGGACCUUCCCCCCUAUCCAUCAUUCUCCAUGCUUUAUGAAAAACUUUUGACAGCUGUUGAAGAAACAAGUACUUUUGGACUCGAAUAAUCUGGCAACCAUAGUGCCCAGCCCUUUGUGGAUGGGACUUCAUGGAACUUGCCCUCUUGAAGAAUGAGUGAACCUCGAUUUGGAAGUUCCUAGAGAAUGGUUACUUUACAGUGUAUCUAGGGAGUAAGAUUCCAAGAACAAAUGCUCAAUAAUUUCUGGGGCGUAUAGGACAGUGGUGACAGAGUCCUCUUGGAAGGAUCUGGAUAGGCCUGAUGUGCAGGGAAAACCCAACAGUCUUUCAAUCAACAGUUCUUCCUGACUGCCAAACUUUUUUUUCUUCCAUUCAUUAUGUUCCAAGAACAAGAUGAGACUGUACUGGAUCAACUACAUGGUAAUUAUAAGGACUUCUCAAGAUCCUAAAAACUAGUCCUUGAACUUAUUCAAGCCAAACUGUGGCAUCUCUUGACCCAACUUCCAAAUUAGCUUAAGUUAAAUGAUAUAAUAAAGAAAAAUCUUUCCUGAAAGUACAUUAAUUUAUGCCCACUGUUAUGAUAGAACAACC